AUGAAGGUGUCUGAUACUCACAUAUAUUAUUGUUAUCUAUAAUUCUCAAACUAAGGAUAAUUUUCAUAAUAGAAAUUUACUAUUUAUGAUACAUACUUGUCUAUAUAGAUUGGAGAAGCUAAUGAAUUAAAGGUUGAAUAUUGUUCACAAGGUGCUGUUUUUGAGUGGAAACUAGAUGAUGGCAAUUAAUGUGAAGUAAUUGUUAUUACUGAAAAUUAUUCAUAUACAUAUAGAGGAUCAAAGUAAACAAUUUAAUGUCUAAAAUAAUAUCUUGAUGGAAAGGUAUUUUAUGGUAAUUUCAUGUCCCAAUACAAAGAAAUUUAAAUAUUAAAAAAAACUAAAUAAGGAGAAGUAAUGUUUAACUUAAUGUUUAGAUUAUCAAAGGUUAUUGCCAAGAGAUUUCAUUUUACUCAAAAUCUAGAAAGACAUUCCAAGUCACUUGUUUUGAAUGAAUUAAGAAUAUGUUAAUACUUAAGUUAAUUCAACUAAGAAUCUAUUUUAAAAUUAAGGGAGUUUUAUCAAGAAAAAGAUAAGAUUAUACUCAUUUUUGAUUAUUGUGAAGGUGGUACAUUGUAUUCCUUUAUGGCUUAAAAGAAUUUCUGCCCAUCUUUUGUUGAUAUCCGAAAAAUCAUGAAGAAAUUGCUAUUUGCAAUAAAGUUUCUUCAUAAACACAAUAUAAUGCAUCGAGAUAUUAAAAUGGAUAAUAUUAUGUUAUUAGAAAAUAACAAUACGAAUUCAAUUUAAGUUAUUGAUUUUGGAUUCUCAACAUUUAUCGAUGAUAAACCAUAUAUUAUAGAAAGAUGUGGAACUCCAGGUUAUAUUGCUCCAGAGCUCUAUUCUGAAGGCCCUUUUGAUGAAUUAAUAGACAUAUAUAGUCUUGCUCAGAUAUUUUUUACAUUAUUGACAGGAAGAAAGUUCGCUUUUGAAUCUCAUUCAUUUAAGACAUUUGCUCAACUUCAUCAAAAAUAAUAAAUCAUUAUAAGAGAAUCAACAAAGAAUGAAAUCAUAGUUGAUUUAUUUUUAAAAAUGACGGCUUCACCAGAAAAAAGGUUUAAUUCAACAUAAUGUCUUAAUCAUUAAUAUUUUGAGAAGACUUCUAAAAUUAAACAGUUAACAUGUCCUAAGUUUCCUUUAUUAAAAACUCCAUUCUAAUUGGUUAAAUAGAAAGAACAGUAACAUUUAAAAGACCAUCAAGAUAAAUUCAUUAAUUAAAAAUGA